AGUUUUAUUGCAAUGCUGGAGAAAACGACGUCAGAUGAUUGAUCUAACCGAAGAGACCAACCUUGCUGAGCACCCCGCUGAAAAUGCCGACGCCCACCGGGUUCCCCGUUUCUUCUCUAGUUUCCGAAUCCUCCUCGGAACCGGAGGAGUUCCAGCUUUGGUUGUCCGACAUGACGCUGAUGGCUGUGUGUAAUUCCGGGCACAAAAUCGAGGGUAACGGCUCACCGAAUCAUGUCGAGAAAAAAAAAAAAAAAAAAAAGACAAAAAUGCCGUCUUCAAAAAGAAAACAGGCCUCGGGAGACAGCCGUAAAUCCUUCCGUUUCCUUCAGACGACGCAAUUUCUAAUACCUCGGCCGUUCUGCGCCAUGUCCACUUGACGUCUUGAGCAAUCGACAGUCCUUGCCAAUGUGUGCUUUGACGUGCGUGUGUGUUGCUACAGCUUGGAGGGGCGCUGGCCGUCGUGACGUCAUCAAAUCGCUUCCUGAAAUGGAGAGGCAUAAAUGCAAAAGAGAAGGGGCAAAUCACUGCGCUAUCCUGGCUCAAGGGCGCCUCGGCACUCCCUCAAACACUCUCAUUCGCAAGAUUUGAACCUUCGUCCCAUAGAAGCUGAUGGCCUCGUCUGCUGAGCUCUUGCACAACUGAGGAGUUUUCCAAUUUCAGCGAACUGCUUUCCAGCUCCAUGGGGUUCGACCUCAGCGCUUAAUUAUUAUCCUGGCAGCCGACUGGCGUUCCCGGCUGUUGCUCGUUGACCUUAUAAAGUACCCCGAGUGUGUCUCGGGCAGCUGCAUCCGCCGGAGCCGCUGAAAUAGGUUUCUUACAAACACCUAUUGCUCAGCUUUGUCGCUGUCAAGAUGAAUGACACGCAUAACAACAGGACUUCCCUGGUGAAAGGCGCCAAAGACAUUGCAAAGGAAGCCAAGAGGCAAGCCGGCAAGAACUUCAACAAGGCGGUGGACCGCGCCUCGGAUGAAUACUCUGCGCACCGCAGCUACAAUCGAUUCCAGAACGAUGAGGAUGAAGAGAAUGAUUACAAUUCCUACGGACAAGCGGACAGGCGCUAUGGCGACAACGCGGCCAAUGACGAAGACGGGGCGUCUAGCGAUGCCACGGAGGGCCACGACAAUGAAGACGAGGUCUACGAAGGCGAGUACCAAGGCGUGCCUGCCUACCAAGACGGGAAACCGCGGGAUGGACAGAUACCCCUGGGCCAGCCGGUGGGUGACGGUCCAAAGAGCUGUAAGGAACUGGAGGACGAGCGGCAGGCCGACGAGGAGGAAUUGGCGCAGCAGUAUGAGCUCAUCAUGCAGGAGUGCGGCCACGGGAGGUUCCAGUGGCAGCUCUUCUUCGUGCUGGGCCUGGCGCUCAUGUCGGAUGGCGUCGAGGUCUUCGUGGUGGGAUUCGUCCUGCCCAGCGCCGAGACGGACAUGUGUGUGCCCAACUCCGGGGCCGGAUGGCUCGGCAGCAUCGUGUACCUGGGGAUGAUGUUCGGCGCCUUCUUUUGGGGCGGUCUGUCGGAUAAAUUGGGCCGCAAACAGUGCUUGCUGAUAUCCUUGUCGACCAACGGCUUCUUCGCCUUCCUCUCCUCCUUCGUGCAAGGCUACAGCACUUUCCUCUUCUGCCGCAUGCUGUCGGGAUUCGGGAUUGGAGGCGCAGUGCCCAUCGUGUUUUCAUAUUUUGCUGAGGUGUUGGCCCGAGAGAAGCGUGGCGAGCACUUGAGCUGGCUCUGUAUGUUCUGGAUGAUCGGCGGCAUUUACGCCUCAGCCAUGGCGUGGGCCAUCAUCCCGCAUUAUGGUUGGAGUUUCAGCAUGGGCUCAGCUUACCAGUUCCACAGCUGGCGAGUGUUUGUGGUUGUGUGUGCUCUGCCUUGCGUCUCAGCGGUAGUGGCGCUCACCUUCAUGCCUGAGAGCCCUCGCUUCUUCUUACAGAGGGGCAAACACGAUGAGGCCUGGAUGGUCCUAAAGCACAUCCACGACACCAACAUGCGAGCUCGUGGAGAGCCCGAGAGAGUCUUCACCGUCAACCGGAUAAAGAUCCCUAAGCUACUGGAUGGGCUGGUGGAAAUGCAGAGCGAGUCGGCCAAUCCGGUGGUUAAGGUUCUUUCAAAAGUAAAGACAGAGAUCCGAGGGAUCUGUUCCACUUUCAUGAAAUGCUUUGACUACCCGGUAAAAGACAACACCAUAAAAUUAGCAGCAGUUUGGUUUACGCUUUCCUUCGGCUUCUACGGGCUGUCCGUGUGGUUCCCCGACGUAAUCAAGCACCUGCAGGCCGACGAAUACGCCUCCCGGGUGAAGAUCCACACCAACGAACGCAUUGAAGACUUCACCUUCAACUUCACGCUGGAAAACCAGAUCCACAGAAAUGGCGUUUUCCUCAACGACAGGUUCAUCAGCAUGAAGUUUAAGGCGGUUUCUUUUGUCAACUCCUCUUUUCUCAACUGCUACUUUGAGGACGUCUCCUCCGUGGGCUCCUCCUUCAAAAACUGCACCUUUAUCGACUCCUUCUUUUACAACACAGAUAUCGACGACGCCAAGCUGACAAACUCAAAGGUGGUCAACAGCUCCUUCCACCACAACAAGACAGGCUGUCAGAUGACCUUCGAUGAUGACUACAGCGCCUACUGGGUCUACUUUGUUAACUUUCUCGGAACGCUAGCUGUUCUGCCCGGCAACAUCGUCUCCGCCCUCCUCAUGGACAAAAUAGGCCGCCUCAGCAUGCUGGGGGGCUCCAUGGUGCUGUCGGGCAUCAGCUGCUUCUUCCUGUGGUUCGGCACCAGCGAAUCCAUGAUGAUCUUCAUGCUAUGCCUCUACAACGGCCUGAGCAUCUCUGCUUGGAACUCCCUGGAUGUGGUCACCACAGAGCUGUACCCCACUGACAGGAGAGGCACAGGCUUUGGUUUCUGCAACGCCCUGUGCAAGCUGGCAGCUGUGCUGGGCAACCUGAUAUUUGGCUCCCUGGUGGGCAUCACCAAGGCUAUCCCCAUCCUGCUGGCGUCAUGCGUGCUGGUCUGCGGCGGACUGGUGGGCCUGCGGCUGCCCGACACGCGCGCCAACGUUCUCAUGUAAACACGCCUCGGUUCCUUUGUCUACCUUGGCUUGUGCCACUCUCCAUUCCAUGCACAUACAAAGGGAAACGUCAAAGUUGCUUCUCUCACAUUUUAAGUAAGUCGAUAAAAACACGAGUUUACACAUCUAAACUGACUAGAGAUGAGCGCAGGUGAUAAAGCUGCUUUUUGAUGCUCGCUGAGAGGCAUAUGCCAACGACAUGAAUUAUUUUCUUACAUAGUUUAUUUAUUUUUAUUCUGUUACGAGACGUUAGUGUGAUAUUUUCUGUGUAUUUUUUAAUGUAAUUUUUUGUUGUGUAAUUCAGAAGCGUCAAACUCAUUUUUUAGAUCUAAUGUGAGCCGGACUAGUUUUUUCUGGGCCAAAUAAGUUAACUCACUGGCUCUCUCUUGAUGGCGCUGGACGUCCAGUUCAUGCGCCCCCUCCCAGUUAAACUAGACUGGACGUCUAGUGGUGUCUAUGGCACUGAAACAUGAACAACCUUCCCCCUUCAAACAGAUUGGACGUCUAUGUCAGUCAGUGGCAGCCAAUGCCAGGCAAUGAGGUCAUUUUGGGGCAUUUCACGUCAUUUCCUGUUGCUUUUCGGUCACUUCCUGUCGAUUUUGGGGAAUUUACAGGUCACAUCCUGUUGAUUUUGGGUAACCGAAAAGGUACUGACUCAAGGAUGUCUCUAAAUGAAUUGGAAAUUAUUUAAAAUCAACAGGAAGUAACCUGUAAAUGCCAUAAAAUUAACAGGAAGUGACCUGUAAAUGCCCACAAGACAUGCUCUGGUUUCGGCGCCAUUGACGGAGCUAGAUGUCCAAUCCGUUCAAAAUGGAUUGGAUGUCUCGCGCCGUCAAUGGCAGCCAUUGGGCUAACAUAGACACUAUUCUAAUGGAAGAUUUUGGUAGCAACAUGUUGGUUCCUUUUUAUUUUUUUUAAACAGUGACACCUUUUUACAAUGAUAUAUCGGUCCUUAGUGGGAGCAUAUUACCUUUUCGAUAUAUUGUCACACACCUUCUCGCCAUCAGAAGGUGACCAAUCCACAUGAAGCAUGACGCAUUGGUUCACGGAAGAGCAAAAAAUAUCGCUUCGCUUCAAAAGAAGCUUUCGUGGCGUUCUUUCAAUGAGGAAAUGAAGUGUAUUUCCGGAAAAACUUCGGAAAUUCAAUAGCUUUGCACUCCGUCAUUGUAUUCCAGCAGGUAGUUGCUUCCUGGUCCCGCCUUUUUCUCCUGAUUGGCUAGAAAAUCAGAUAACCAGGGAAGUGGGUGGACAGUUGAAGGUUGCAAGACGGUACUGCAUGAUAAAUCAAUGAAUCAGGAAGUACCAUCUUGCUUGCAAGGCUAAUUUUUAUCAUGACAUUAAAAAAAAAGUUUACAUUUUCUGCUUUUUACCAGCCGUGCGCUUUUCCUUGUGUGCAUCGUGUACAAAGACCCUUUGCUCUUGGCGUCGCUUCCCCGAUUGUGUCUCUUUCCUGUCCUAAAAAAAAAAAAAAAAAAAAAAAAAAAGCUCAAAGGCCUUUUUCUCCAAUGUGGUGCCUCUCUUUUUACUUUCUGUUCUCUUUCGCUCCUGUAAAUUGGGAGGCUUUGCUGCUUUGUUGAAUCUAUUUCACGCCAAACUUGCUUCAACACCAGUUGGAUGCAUGCAGUGAUGUGGUUUUAUCUUUAAAAUCCAUCCCGUUGUCUCCAUGAAUUGCUGUGAUGACUUCAAAUUUUAAUUAUUGGUUCAACCUACUGCUUGCUUUACAGUGGUGCCUUGAGAUAAGAGUUUAACCUUAUUUUUAGAACUUGAACAUUUUUAACUUAACCCAUAAAGACCUCACAUUUUGGGUCAUGUAGGCCAUAUGUAGGCCAAAUAUUUAGGCCUAUAGGUUGAAUA